AUGGCGCCGUUCCGUGGAAGAGGUGGAAUGCGCGGUCGUGGCCGGGGUGGUUUCAGAGGCGGACGAGGCGGACGAGGCGGACGAGGUGGACGAGGCGGCGGACGCGGCGGACGCGGUGGGAAGAGAAACGACACUGUCGCUGCGAGAGUGCACGACCCCGUUGCAGAGGAAAAUGAGCAAGUCUCCGCGUCCGAUUCUGAAAGCGAACCGGAAUACAGCGACGGUUAUUCCAGCGAAGGAGAAGAAGAAGCGCAGCCCGUCUCGAACGCCUACCACUCUCUACUGGCCUCUUUCGCCGCCUCAACGAAGAAUGUGAAUACAAACCAGGGCGAACCACGGAGGAAGCGACGGAAGCUUGACCACAGCCCGAGUUCGUUGAAGGACUGCGCCAAACCACUAGUUGAUGCAAAAGAAGAGGAAAAGUCGAAUGACGACCACCAGCUGGAAGCCCUCAGCGAGGCGGGCUCUCUGGGGAGCGUCGAGCAGCCUGAAGUGGAUGAGCUGGAAGAGGCCGAAUCGGAGCUCUCGGAUAAUGAACCUGUGCAUCGAGAUAUAGAUUUGGAUGCAGAGCUUGAUGAGAAUGCAGACGAGCAGAGUGAGAUCGAUCCCUUCGUUAGUCAUUUCGACCGACCGGAUGAGAAUGACUUAGCAACGCGAGUAAAGGCCAUAUCAGCAAAUCAAUGGAUAACGAAGAAGUUGGAUAUUGAAGAUGGAGGCAGAGGUUUGUUUCAGACACCCGGCGCAUCAGAAGAGUAUGCGGCGCGACGGAAAGUAAAGAGCGUCCGAGAUUUGCGGCUGAAGCCGCGACUCGUAGAAAAUGCAGAGAAGGCUCUGGGAAACUUCAACGCGGUUGAGCAAACCAUCGCGCCUUCCCUUUUUGACUACCAGGAUGUCUUGUUCGGUGCGAGGACCGUUCAGAACGCUGGGAGGAUACGCGACUUGUGCUGCUUGCACGCGCUGAACCACAUCCUUAAGACGAGGGAUCGCAUAUUGAAGAACAACUCCAAGCUAGCGGCGACCUCAGAGGACCACGACGCGGAAUAUCGCGACCAAGGUUUUACACGACCGAAGAUAUUGUUUCUUCUCGAGACAAAGGAAGCAUGCGUUCGCAUGCUAGAGACUCUCACCAAGCUGCACGAAUUCGAACAACAAGAAAACAAGAAGCGCUUCUUGGAGAAUUUUUCAGCACCCGAACACAUCUUCUCCGACGAUAAGCCAGAAGACUUCCGCGAGCUUUUCGAAGGCAACGACGAGAACGAGUUUCGUAUCGGCGUGAAGCUAACCCGCAAAACAAUGAAGUACUACUCCAAGUUCUACGCCUCAGACAUAAUCUUUGCCUCCACGCUCGGUCUACGGCGCGCCAUCGAGUCCGAUGAGAAAAAGAAAAAAGACUACGACUUCCUCUCCUCCAUCGAGUUGGUCAUCAUGGAACAAGCAGACGCAACUCUAAUGCAAAAUUGGGAACACGCAGAGUUCGUAUUUCAACACCUCAAUCUCCAACCUAAAGAGACCCACGGCUGCGACUUCUCUCGCGUACGAUCAUGGUACCUGGACGGCCACGCGCCGCAUAUCCGCCAGACUAUCGUGCUCUCCGCAUACCUCGCUCCCAAGAUCAACACCCUGUACAACAAACACAUGCGCAACUUUGCCGGGCGCCUGAAGUACACACCCUCCUACGACUCUGGCAUCAUCCAAAUCCUGUCCUACGGCAUCAAGCAGACGUUCUCGCGCUUCGACUCUCCCUCAUACCUAACCGACCCUGACACCCGCUUCAAAUACUUCAGCUCCAGCGUGCUCCCUAAGAUAUUGAAGACGCCGAAACCGCCGGAGGGGUCCAUCGGCGUCCUACUCUUCAUCCCUUCGUAUUUAGACUUCGUACGCGUGCGCAACGCCCUCGUCGAUAUAGACAUCUCGUACGCGUCGAUAUCUGAGUACACGGACACAACGGAUGUGCGGCGCGCACGGUCCCAUUUCAUGAGCGGCCGGCACUCAUUGCUCCUGUAUACUGGGCGCGCGCACCACUUUCAUCGGUACAAUAUUCGUGGUGUGAAGAGGGUGGUAUUCUACGGCGUGCCAGAGAAUCCGAAAUUCUAUGAGGAGAUUGUCGGGUUUGCGGGAAAGACGGUUGAGAGAGGCGAGAUAUCAAGGAGUGAAGCGAGUAUUAGGGUUGUAUUUUCGAAGUGGGAGAGGCUGGAAUUGGAGAGAGUGGUAGGAAGUAAAAGGGUGGGCCGGAUGGUGGUGGAUAAAGGCGACGUUUUUGACUUUGUGUAA